AUGUACUCCUUCUCCGCUACUGUGGUUCUUAUCGUGUUGGUGACGCUGAUCGUCGGCGUGAUUGCCGUCUCCCUGAUCACCUUUCACUUCCACAAAAGCAAGAUGAAGAAGCGGAAGAUGCAGAGGGCUCAGGAGGAGUACGAGCGCGAUCACUGCAGCCCCGAGGCGCGGAAUGGUUCCUCACCCAAGGGAGUGGGUGUGAUGGGCAGCCCAGUUUGCCAGGCGGCUGCAGUCUCUCUGUCCCCCACACACACAGUGGACUCCUCAAGCCGCCUGGACCCAGAAGAAUCCGAAUCGGACCUUCACUGUACAGACACUGCGAGGAACCCCGUGUUCCAAUCUGUGCUUUUGUAA